AUGGAAGAAGGCCUAGUUUGCCAGUGGACCGUUAUUAGAUCUCUUUUGGCAAUUCUUCAAUGGUGGGCUUUCAAUGUCACUGUCAUUAUUAUCAACAAGUGGAUCUUUCAGAAACUAGACUUCAAGUUUCCCCUAUCAGUAUCCUGUAUCCACUUUAUCUGCUCAGCCAUUGGAGCAUACGUGGUAAUUAAAGUGCUGAAGCUUAAACCACUCAUAUCUGUUGACCCUCAAGAUCGCUGGAAAAGAAUCUUCCCUAUGUCAUUUGUGUUCUGCAUUAACAUAGUUUUGGGAAAUGUGAGCCUGCGGUACAUUCCCGUUUCUUUCAUGCAGACAAUAAAGUCAUUCACUCCUGCAACAACAGUUGUCUUGCAGUGGCUAGUAUGGAGGAAAUAUUUUGACUGGCGUAUUUGGGCUUCUCUCAUACCCAUUGUUGGAGGGAUUCUUCUGACAUCUAUUACAGAGCUUAGUUUUAAUAUGUUGGGAUUUUGUGCUGCCUUAUUUGGCUGUUUGGCUACUUCCACAAAGACUAUCCUUGCAGAGGCGCUGUUGCAUGGUUACAAAUUUGACAGCAUAAACACAGUUUAUUACAUGGCCCCUUUUGCAACCCUGAUCAUGGUAUUACCUGCUAUGUUACUUGAAGGCAACGGAAUUCUUGAGUGGCUAAGUAUUCACCCAUAUCCUUGGGCAGCCCUGAUCAUUAUUUUCAGCUCCGGUGUUUUGGCAUUCUGCCUUAACUUCUCUAUUUUUUAUGUGAUUCACUCCACUACAGCUGUUACAUUUAAUGUUGCUGGAAACCUUAAGGUUGCAGUUGCUGUCCUUGUUUCUUGGCUGAUAUUUAGAAAUCCAAUUUCUUAUAUGAAUGCGGUGGGAUGUGCCAUAACUCUUGUUGGAUGUACAUUCUAUGGUUAUGUCAGGCACUUGCUUUCCCAACAACCAUCUGUUCCAGGAACUCCUCGGACGCCCAGGAGUAAGAUGGAGUUGCUUCCUCUUGUAAAUGAUAAAUUAGAUGACAAGGUCUAA